CAUUUCCCUAUAUUGAUUGAUUUAUCCAAAGCAGCAGCGGCAGGAGCACUGCACCGUCCAGCACACACCAGCAUUGUCCUGAGGCCUGAGCAGCGCUGCGCCGCCCAACCAGAACGACGAAGCGGAGCCAGCGCCAACGAACCAACUAACCAACGGACGGAAGUGGCGAGGCAAGGCCGCCGCGAAGCCGAGCAAUAGCCCCCCUCCUCUACCCGUUCCUCUCCUGCCUUCUCGGGAUCUGCCCGCCCGCCUUGUGCCCCCGCGGUUGGAGCUCCGGCUGCACGACACCAUGAGCCCCCGCGCGUAGAGGCUGGGAGAGAGGGAGCGGGGAACAAAGUUAGGCACCAACAAAGUUAAGUGGGGAGGCCAGAGCUGGCCAGCUGGGUCGCUGUUCUACCAGAGGGAUGGACGGGAGCGCCGGCUCCUUCGUCGCCGUCCGCCGGCUCUCUGGCUCCGACCGCGCCGCCGCCUUCCACCACUCCUCUUCGGGUGCCUCGCCUCGCCUCGCCUCCGAUUUGGAUAGUUCCUCGUUUGUUUUCUUACAUAGCGGCUGUUGUUGCUCCCGCCUCACGCCACGGGACGAUGCUUAUGGUUAUGGUCUGUGCUGUCCCUACGCUGUUGCUGCAGCGGAGGUCGUGACGGGGUCGACGGCGUGGAUCGGGAGGGGGCUCUCCUGCGUCUGCGCGCAGAGGAGGGACAGCGAUGCGCGCCUUUCCUUCGAUUUGACGCCUGUGCAGGAAGAAUGCCUACAGAGGUUACAAAACCGUAUAGAAGUUCAGUAUGAUAGUGCAAACAGAGAGCAUCAGGAAGCACUACAGUCCCUUUGGUGUGCUUCUUUUCCUGGCACCGAGCUUCGGGGGCUAAUAUCAGAACAAUGGAAAGAGAUGGGUUGGCAAGGGAAAGACCCAUCUACAGAUUUUAGAGGUGGAGGCUUCAUCUCCUUGGAGAAUCUAUUGUACUUCGCUAGGAACUAUCCAAAAUCUUUCCAGGAACUCCUUCGCAAGCAGAAUGGUGACCGUGCAAUCUGGGAGUAUCCAUUUGCUGUCGCUGGUGUAAAUAUAACCUUCAUGCUCAUUCAAAUGCUUGAUCUCCAAUCAGUUAAACCGAGGUCAUUGUUCGGAGCAGUUUUCCUAAAGCUUCUUUCAGAAAACGAUCAAGCUUUUGACAUUCUCUACUGCAUAACCUUCAAGCUGAUGGAUCAGCAAUGGCUUGACAUGCAUGCUACUUACAUGGACUUCAACACGGUCAUGAAGUCUACACGGCGUCAGCUAGAAAGGGAGCUGUUAAUUGAAGAUAUUCAGAGGAUUGAGGACAUGCCAUCAUACAGGCUUCUGGCCCGGUAGCUAGAAGAAACUGAAACCUUAACAUGGCUACAUAUUGCAAGGCGGCUUGAGAUGCUAAUGGAUCGCAACUUAUGUGGACGGCGACAAUCUUGAAAUGUAGAUGACAUGUAUCCUUGUGUGUUAGGUACUUGUGGUCUCUGGUAACCUGAUCUCUGAAGAUUACAAGGUAGGGUUUUUUUCCUGGUGAUAGAAUGCCACGUAGGGUAACUGAAGUGUCUGAUCAGCUCCCAUGGCCAAAAAAAAAAUUUGUAGGGUGUGUUAUUACAAUCUGGUCGUUGUCCAUCAUACCACGAAAGGAAGUAUUCCUAGGGUUGUUGUUGUAAACAGGAGGAUUUGGGAAAGAUGAUCUGUGUUGUCUCCCAUUUGCUUGAAGAUAAGAGGCUAGUUCUUUUUAAGUGGGCAGCUACUCUGCUGUGCCGCUCCCCAA